CAACAAAUUCCAAAUGGACCACUCUUUCUCGACUUCUCCUUUCUCAUUCCACAACAACACUAAACAUGAACAACACAAACACAAACAUAACUCACGAGACCAAGUUCACCAUGAAGGUGAUAGAACAUAGUCAAGUUGCACCACCACCAAAUUCACUUACAUCACCAACCAUUCUACCCUUAACUUUCUUCGACAUACCAUGGUUUUAUUGUCACCCAAUUCAACGUAUCUUCUUCUACCAUUUUCCUCAUCCAACUCAUCAUUUCCUUCAAACAACACUUCCCAUUCUCAAACACUCACUUUCCAUAACCCUCCUACACUUCUUCCCUUUUUCCUCUAACCUCAUCGUCCCUCCAAAUUCCCAAAACACCGAUCCUUACAUACGUUACCUCGAUGAAGACUCUAUCUCCUUCACCGUAGCUGAAUCCUCAGCAGACUUCAAUAUCCUCGUAUCUGAUUCACAAGAUGCUCAAAACUGGCACCAUCUUGUUCCAAAUUUACCUCCACCUCGUACCGAACAAGACAACACUCGCAUCAUCCCUAUAAUGGCUAUUCAAGUCACCGUUCUUCCAAACUCCGGCUUGUCUAUUUGCCUAAGUUACAACCAUGUUGCUGCAGACGGAAAAUCACUUCACCAUUUCGUGAAAUUUUGGGCCUCUCUUUCAAAAGCCAUAGCAAAAAACAACAAUAAUUUGUCUCUUGAAUACUCUCCGCCUCUUGAUCUUCCUUCACAUGAAAGAGAUAGAGUUAAAGAUCCAAAUGGUCUUAAACUUGUAUACUUGCAAGAAUUAGAAGAUUCUGAAUCAAAUGAAAUGGAAUUUGCGGGUUUGGUUCGAGAUUCUUAUGUUAACAAGAUAAGAACAGCUUUAGUGUUGAGCUAUGAACAAGUCCAGAAGUUAAAGAAAUGGGUUACUGAUAAAUGUAAAGAGAGUUGUAGAAUACAACACUUGUCAACUUUUGUUGUAACAAGUUCCUUGAUUUGGUUUUGUAUGAUAAAAGCAGAGGAGGGUGAUAGCAAAAGUGAUGAAGGUGAUUGUGUUGAUCUUGAUGAUCACUGCUACUUUGUGUUUCUUGCAGAUUGUCGUGAUAGCGGUGAAUUGUCAUUACCAAAAACUUAUUUUGGAAAUUGUCUUGCAUCUUAUACCGUGGCUGUAAAGAGAGAUGAGUUAAUUGGAAAAAAUGGGAUUGUUUCGGCUUCAAUUGGUAUCGAAAAGAAGAUAAGACAUUUAAAGAGUCAUGCUUUGUUAGGAGCUGAAACAUUGAUGUCUGAUUAUAGGGAAAUGUCAAAACCUGGUAAGUCUGUAACUGUGGUUGCUGGUUCACCGAAAUUGGCUGUUUAUGAGACAGAUUUUGGGUGGGGGAAGCCUAAGAAAUCUGAUGCUGUUCAUCUUGAUUCGUCCGGUUCGAUUUCUCUUUCUGAUUGUAGAGACGGCGGAGGUGGAAUUGAAGUUGGUUUGGCUCUUGAGAGGUCUAGAAUCACUAAUUUCAUCAACAUCUUUCAAGAACAACUUGAUAAUAUUUGUAGCAUGUGAAUGAACUAAGGAAACUUAUAAUGAGUUUGUUUUCUCAAUUUAGGCAAAACAUUCCAAUUUCCUUUUUCUUUUGUUACCAAUUUGUUGUUCAAUAAGUUUGGCAAACAUUAAAGUGAACUCUAUUUACAUG